AUGGACGCCCCCGCUUCCUCCUCUUCCUCCUCUGCCUCCUCUUCCUCCUCUGCCUCCUCUUCCUCCGCGUCAUCUUUUUUCUCUCCCUCUUCUUCCUCGCGUCCGCCUUUCUCAGUAGGCCGAUAUCCAUCGCAUUCACGCCUGGAUCCGUCGCCGUUGCCGUCGUUCCUGUCUCCCGAAGCCGCCGCCUCGCAGCUCGGCAGUUGCUCGGUUCUCCUCCUCAAUCUCCCCUGUGGCAACGGCUCCACGGGCCCUCCCGUACAAGUCGGUCUCGACUAUGCGCUCUGGAAAGUUGGCCCGAAUUUCUCCGGCGUAAAGUGCAUUCAGCCGGGAUGCCAUCUCCUCUACACUCUUCUGGAUGCCUCUUCUUCCUCGGGAUCGGCCGGUGGAGAGAGUGGCGGAAGCGGGAGUUCGGCUUUCGAGUGUAUGUACACCUCGAUGCGUGUGGAAGAAGCGAUUGGCGGCUGCAAGGAGGGCAUUGGGGCGGUCCAAAGCGAGUUUCUGUUUCUCACGCCGAAUGCAGUUUGCGUCCGGAGGUGGAAUCCGAAGCACUCUCGCCUGGAGAGGCUGAAGGAUGAAGACGAAGAAGAGCGAUUCGUGCGCGCAGUUCGCCGCCUCGAGCUAGACAAGAAACUCGGGGUGUAUCCGCAGCAGUAUGUGCGCAUGUGGAGCGUCCUGACGGACUUCAUUUCGCCCGCCUGUCUCGAGCGCAUUGAACCCAUCAAGGGACUGUUUGCUGCCCUGCCUCUCGACCUGACGAAGGAGGAAGAGGCUCUCCUCGCGGGCCGCCCGACGGCGGAGACCGCGCCUGAAAAGACGCGCAAAGAGGCGGGCGGAAGCCUCGGAAAGCCGCGACGCGCCUCCACACGGUCAGCCUGCGACGGAGACGAGGUCUCCAUGGAGGGCGAAAGCGAUGGAGAUGAAGAAGAAAUAGAAGACGUCUCUUCCACAAAAACGCCUGUCGCUCGAUUCUUCUUCUCUGAUGUUCCCUCCAUGCGCGCCACGGCGGUCGCAGCGGCCCGCCGCGCGGAAACCGAGGCGCGGAGACAGGGCGCGACCGCGGUCGCGGCGAAGGCCCUUGGAGCCCAAGCUCUGACGCGAGCCGCAGUCGAUCCGAGUCUGGGUCUCCUGUUGCUCCUGCGAGAUCUCCAGAAGCUCCUGGCGAGGCGCGAGGGGAGGAGACCGGAAAGGGAAGCAAGACAGAAAGGGCCGACGGCGGACGCCGGAGAGGCAGGUGGAACCGAGGCCGAGAAGACACCUGCCUCGAGCUGGGAUGUCAGCGCCGCGCCGGCGGGCGAGAGCGGCCGAGCGGGGAGAAGAGCGCAUGCAGCAGAAGGCACCGAGGAGGCGGAAACCAUUGAGCAGGAAACAGAAGAGCACGAGAAGCUUGAGCAGGGACAAAGAGAGAGAGAAGAGAGAGAAAGGGCCGAGUGGAGAAGUAUCGCGCGAAACACUUGGGAAAACCUUUUAGGCGAGAUUCAACUAGCCUAUCUCGCGUUUCUCCUGGGGCACCGCUUCGACGGCUUCGAGCAGUGGAAACAACUUCUCCUUCUGCUCUGUCACUGCGAACGCGCCGUCCACUUUCUGCCAGGCAAGCGCACUUGCACAGACUCUCGAACGGGGAUGGAACAGAAGCGACAACCGCGUCGGGGCACAGAGAGAUUCCCCGUUGUGUCUGCGGUGACUGCUCUGACUGAAUUGCAGCUCAUUCUCGCAGGUUUCGGCUUCUUGACGGACACCGCAGUUUCACGGAAUCCUUCGUUGACAGCGUGUCCCAUUCCAUUCCAGUGCAGAUGCAGAUUGACGCGCAUUCGUACCCGCAACUUGGUGUGCAUGUCUACACAGACUAAGUGGGGUACCGGGGUGGUUCGUGCUUGCGAGGCUUGGUCGAGGCGAGCGCUCGACAGGUGUCUUUGCGUCCGUUUAUCCCGUUUCAAGAGCACUUGCAUGCGCACUUCUCAUGACUCUGUGUGUGGUGAUCGUGCGCUGUGGAUUCUGUCAGAGUUGUACGUCUCCUUUCUGCGCCUCCUCUACUGCCAGUUAGAGCAGUGUCCCGAUGACCUUCUCCACGACUCGCUGUUGCAGCGGUCCUUCCUCUUCUCCGCCGCAACCGCGCUGGUGGGCAUCUGCCUCAAUGCCCCUUCGGUGCCUGUCUCUUCCUCGCCUUCUGGUGGAAACGACCGACCGGGGCCUUCGGGCGUCGACAGAGACACACCACAGCAAGAAAAGAGAGGAGAGAGAGAAGUAUCGAGAGAGGGAGAGACAGAAGGCGAGAGAGACGAGACAGAAGGCGAGAGAGACGAGACAGAAGGCGAGAGACACGAGAAAGAAGUGCUCAGGAAGGUGGAUGAACGGGCGCGGUGGCUGCAGCGUCUCCUUCGUCAGACUUUCGCGUUGCGGGCGGGAGCAAACGAAGAGGGGGAAAAGAGAGAGGCGGCUGUGGACGAGGCGGAUCUCCUCGAUGAUGAAGACGGACCCGUCAUUGUCGAUGAAGAGGAGCUGCGAAGAGCGGGAUGUCUUCCAGAAGACAUGUAA